AUGUGGAACUCAUAUGAACGGGUUUAUUUCUGGAUGACCAUCGAAAGUGAUUGUAGCAAGUUUGUGCAAAAAUGCCAUAAGUUCCAAGUACCAGGAGAUCUGAUUCGGGUGUCCCUACACGAACUUAAUAUUAUGAGCUUGCCCUGGCCGUUUGUAGCUUGUAGCAUGGAUGUCAUCGGCCCGAUUGAGCCACUAGCUUUUAAUGGACACAGAUUUAUUUUAGUUACUAUUGAUUACUUUACCAAGUGGAUAGAAGCUGCCUCAUACAAGACGGUGACCAAGAAGGUGGUAAUAGUUUUUGUUAAGAAUAACUUGAUUUGCCAAUUUAGGAUACCCAAGUCAAUCAUCACAGACAAUGGAGCAAACUUGAAUAGUAAUUUAAUGAAAGAGACAUGUGAACAGUUCAAGAUCAUUCAUCGAAAUUCGACCGCAUAUCGUCCUCAAAUGAAUGGAGCAGUAGAAGCUGCCAACAAGAACAUCAAGAAGAUUUUGAAAGAUGGUCGAUAG